AUGAACAUUGCUGCAUUACACCCCAACACCCCUAUCAAUAUUGAUGCAUUACACACUGAAUUGCUGGCGCACCCUAAUCCUGCAUUUGUUCAUUCUCUAAUUAGCAAUUUACGUGCCGGCUGUCGUAUUGGGUUCACCGGACCCCGUGAUGUGUCCGUACGCAGCCCGAACUUGUCUUCAGCGGCAGCACACCCUGAGGUCGUCGACCAGUACCUGGCCACGGAAUGCAGUCGCGGCCACACCGCUGGCCCCUUCAACGCGCCGCCAUUCGUCCAUCUGCGCACCUCUGGCGUAGGUGUGGUCCCCAAGAAGUCGGGCGGCCACCGGCUCAUCAUGCACCUGUCCGCCCCCGAUGGGAACAGCGUCAAUUCGUUCAUUGACAGGCAGGCCUAUCGUUUCUCCCUAAUUACGAUUGACACGAUAGCAGACCACGUGCGCAGGACGGGCCUCGAAGCCCUCCUGUCAAAGGUGGACCUGAAGCACGCUUUCCGACUCUGCCCCGUGCACCCUGACGACUGGCCGCUCCUCGGCAUGUUAUGGAAGGGCAACUACUAUUUCGACACUGUCCUGCCAUUUGGCCUACGCUCCGCUCCCAGUCUGUUUAACUGCCUGGCUACCGCCCUAGAAUGGAUCCUCCGUAAUAACUACAGUAUCCCUGCCCUGGAGCACUAUUUGGAUGACUUCGUAUCAGUGUCUCCAGCAGCCGAGUCUGUCGCGUCCUCUGCGGCCGCGACCCACAAAGCCACUAUUCUGCAGGUCUUCGCAAAACUGGGUGUCCCAACAGCAGACGGCCCGGACAAAGUUGUUGGCCCCGCCACCUGCCUCACAGUGCUUGGCAUCGACAUUGAUUCAGCGGCAGGGGAGCUGCGGCUCCCAGCCGAGAAGCUCCGUACAUUGCGGCAACUCCUAGCAGCCUGGGCCACCUGGCCAUCAGCGUCCAAACACGAACUCCAGUCCCUCGUUGGCCACCUGGCGUUCGCCGCCAAGGUCGUGCCAGCCGGUCGUACGUUCACUCGCCGCCUCAUCAACCUGUGUUCCUCAGUCACCAGCCCUGCCGCGGCCGUCCGCCUCACCAGCGAGGCUCUUGCCGACAUCAAAUGGUGGCAGGAUCUCCUCCCACUAUGGAACGGAAAGGCCCUCCUACGCGACCCCGUAUGGUCAAAGUCCCCGGACCUGGAAUUGUUCACCGACGCGUCUGGCAGCGGUUUCGGCGGCUUUUACCAGGGUCGUUGGUUCGCGGGCACAUGGUCAGCGGCGCAGCAGGCCCCACCGUACACGUCCAUAAUGUGGAGAGAGAUGUGGCCCAUCGCCAUUGCCUGCCAACUCUGGGGCCCCCACUGGGCACAGAAGAAGAUCCUCCUGCACUGCGAUAAUUCAGCAGUGUGCACUGCCUGGGAGUCCGGCACAUGCCGACACGCCGGGGUCAUGGCACUGAUAUGCAGCACCAUGCAACUCACCGCUCGCCACAACUUCUGCCUGCUCGUCCGUCACAUCGCCGGCGUCGACAACAGCAUCGGAGACGCACUCUCCCGGGCCCAGUUCCAGCGCUUCCGCCGUCUGGUUCCCGACGCGGAGACUGCCCCAUCGUCACUCGCCAGUGCCCAAUCCGACAACAGAUAG